AUGGCGACGGCCAGUUUCCGCCUCUUCGAUGUCGCGAGGCCCCUUUGCUUCGCUGCAGCUGCAGCGGCUGCCGCGGUGCGGCGGAGGGAGCCGGCGCCCGGGAAAGGCCAAAACCACCAGCGACAGUGGUUCGUGCAACGGAUAGGAGGCCAUGGCGCUCUGUGGUGCGAAAGCACCAAGAAGGUGGCCAUCGGCAUCGACCUCGGAACGACCUUCUCCUGCGUGGGCGUCUGGAAGGAUGGCGGUGUGCAGAUCAUCGAGAACUCCGAGGGCAAGAGGACCACGCCCUCCUUCGUGGCCUUCACCGAGGCCGAACGCCUUGUCGGCGACGCUGCCAAGGCCCAGGCAGCACGGAACCCGGCGAACACGGUCUACGAUGCCAAGCGGCUCAUUGGCCGGAAGUUCCAGGACGGACCCGUGCAGGCUGACAUGAAGCACUGGCCGUUCAAGGUGGUUCGUGGCAAAGACGACAAGCCGCUGGUCGAGGUGCAGUUCCAGGGCAAGACCAAGCAGUUCCAUCCGGAAGAGGUCUCAGCCAUGGUCCUUCAGAAGAUGAAGGAGACUGCAGAGGCCCACUUAGGCCACCCCGUCACCGAUGCGGUGAUUACGGUGCCUGCGUACUUCAACGACUCGCAGAGGCAGGCGACGAAGGAUGCAGGGGCCAUCUGCGGUCUCAACGUCCUCAGGAUAAUCAACGAGCCCACUGCAGCAGCCUUGGCCUACGGCCUGGACUCUAAAGAGCGAGGAGCCAGGAAUGUUCUGGUGUACGAUAUGGGUGGUGGGACCUUCGACGUCUCGCUGCUCGAGAUUGAGGACGGUGUGUUCGAGGUCAAGGCGACUGCUGGUGACACCCACCUCGGCGGCGAGGACUUCAGCAACCGCCUCCUUGAGCACUGCAUCAAGGAGUUCGAGAAGAAGAACCGUGGGAAGGAGGUCCACAAGAAUCAGCGAGCCUUACGGCGGCUGCAGGCCGAAUGCGACGCGGCCAAGAGGACGCUUUCUUCGUCAACGCAGGCAUCCAUCGAGGUGGAUUCCCUGCUGGAUGGCCUCGACUUCUCCUUGACGAUGACCCGGGCGAAGUUUGAGGAGCUGAACCAGGACUUGUUCAAGCGGUCCAUGGACUCGGUAGCGAAGGUGCUCAGCGACGCCAAGGUUGAUCGCAAAGCCAUCGAUGAGGUGGUGCUCAUUGGGGGCUCCACAAGGAUACCUUACGUCCAGAAGCUCAUCGAGGAGUAUUUCAAGAAGGAGCCCUGUCGCUCCAUCAAUGCCGAUGAGGCAGUAGCCUACGGCGCUGCGGUGCAGGCAGCCGUCCUCAGCGGCGUCAAGGGCAAAGAUUCUCCCUUGAAAGACCUCGUGCUGCUGGACGUGACGCCCCUUUCGCUGGGCUUGGAAACAGCAGGUGGAGUUAUGACAAGGCUCAUUGAGAGGAACUCCACCAUACCGACCAACAAGAAGCAGGUCUUCUCAACCUACUCCGACAACCAGACGGCUGUGACGAUUCAGGUCUACGAGGGCGAGCGCUCCAUGACAAGGGACAACCGCCUCUUGGGCUCGUUUAACCUCGACGGCAUCCCACCGGCGCCGCGUGGCGUGCCGCAAAUCGAGGUGGCCUUUGACUUGGACUCGAAUGGGAUCCUCAACGUCUCGGCUGCAGACAAGACGACGGGAAAGUCAAACAAGAUCACCAUCACAAACGAGAAGGGUCGACUCUCCAAAGACGAGAUCGAGCGUAUGGUGAAGGAAGCAGAGCAGUUCCGCAGCGAGGAUGAAGCCAUUCGGAAGUCCGUGGAGGCCCGCAACGAGCUUGAGAGGUAUGCCUACUCGGUGUCAGGGUCACUCGAUCGAGACGACCUGAAAGAGAAGUUCACCGAUGACGACCGGGCCAAGAUCCGGGAAGCUGCGGACGGCACCACCAAGUGGUUGGAGGAGAAUCCGCAGGCAGAGGCCGAGGCGUGCGCGGCGAAGCAGAAGGAACUCGAGGCCGUGGUGAACCCCAUCAUGGUCAGGAUCUACGGCGAGGCAGCCAAGGAGGGAGGCGAUGGAAAGGAGUCCAAAUUUUCGGAGGAGUAA